AUGUCUGACAAUUUGGGGAAUUCGGUGAUAAACUUGAAGCUACUCAUAGAUGAAGAGAAAAACAAGGUUGUGUUCGCUGAGGCUGGUAAAGACUUCGUGGACAUACUCUUUAGCUUCUCGACAAUGCCAAUGGGAACAAUCGUUAGGCUGCUAGAGAUGCAUCAGAAGUCAAAGUCAGUAGCGAUAGGCUGUUUCAACAACAUCUAUGGAAGCGUCGCGAGUUUGGGGAUGAAGCAUUUCAGUACCGAAGCUUCCAAGCAGAUGCUUAUGUAUCCGGAGAGUUUGAAUCAGGAGAAAUACCAAAAGCUUAAGCUGGUGAUAGAUGAUUCGAAAGCUACCAAGUGUUACAUGUGCCCUAUGUUUGUGCGAAGCGGGCAAUGUAGCAAAGGGUAUAGCAAUUUCAAUACCUCGAGGUGUAGCUGCUGUGGGAAUCUGAUGAGUGAAGUGAUUCAGUUUCAAGGAGAAGGAGGAGGAGGAAGAGCAAGUGGUGUUGAUGGUGGAGUGUUUGUGAGGAGUGGUCAGACUUCGUUCAUCAUCACUGAUGAUUUGAAAGUCAAAGUUAACUCUGUUGGGUCAACACUCAAUGUGCUCAAAGAUCUUGGCUAUGCAGGAUUGGAUAAGUUGGUUGAGGUGAUUCUUGAUGUCAAUCUCCAAGAGGUAGCGACUUUGCUGGAGUGCUUAUUCACAUCGGAGUCUCCAUUGACUGAUACGUUUCUGAGGAAAAAAAGCUCACAUGGCAUGAAGAGGGUUCACAAAACGCUGAGUCAUGCCUCCGAGGAAGAUGGAGGACAGGAAUCAAAAGCUGAUCAAAUGAUUACUCUAAAUGCAUAUGUUAGGAAGAAGGAAGGGAACAUUAUUUAUGUGGAAUGCGGUGAAGACUUUGUGGAUCUUCUUUUCACGUUUCUUGCUAUGCCUCUAGAGUCUGUAUGGGGAAUCUCUGGCGGCAACGGAUUCAUUCUUGGAUGCAUUGGGAACUUGUGCAAAAGCUUCAAGGAACUGAGUGUUGAUUCGGGAAGAGGAGAAGCUUCGGGUUUCAAAUGUGUGCUUCCACAUUACUACAAGUGUCAGAAGCAGCAGCUUCUUCUUGAUGUUGUCACUACGCAUAAGCCACCGACUUACUACCGUUAUGUUUCCUUCUCUGUGGAUCACUUUAGAGAGUACCGUUUGACUGGAAACUCCGGUAAGAGGCUUGUGUAUGAUUGGGAUAAGCUCGUGCCAGUGACUUCUGUAGAUCCGAAAUGUGAAGAAGGAAACAACACCGUUGAAUCAAGUGGGUUUGUAAAGAGAGGGACGAAGUUCAUGGUGACAGAUGAUCUCAUCAUUACUCCUGCGAACUCAACCUCGACCAUUAAGAUGUUAAGGGACAAGCAGACCGGGCUAGCUGAUGUGGAAGUGCGAGUGAUCAAGAUGAAAAAAGAAGAGGUUGUCAGAUUAUUGCGAGCUUCAUUUGCGACAUUUUCUGCCUUAAGCUCUGGUCUUCUAGGUAUGGAAUCAGCUUCGACAAGUGUUCCUGAAAGCCGAUUUUACAAGAAGCCGAAGAUUGAGACUUGA